AUAAAAUGGAAUCGAAGUCUGAUUAUGACUGCAGUAUCUGCAUCAACACUCUGGUCUUCCCUGUGAAGACUUCUUGAGGGCAUCUGUUUUGAAUGAAAUGAAUGGAGAAAUACCUUGAACAAUCUCCUAUACAGCAGUGACCUAUGUGAAGAACCAAGGUUAAACUUGAGAAACUUAAAGUUGAUAAGAAUGUCUGGAAAGAAGUCAAAGAUCUCUUCGGGGAUGAAAUUAAAGAAAGGAGGAAAGUUGUUGAAGAAGAAAUCAGGAAGGAGAAGAACAUAGUUAAGCUUAAGGUAAGGUACGGCAACAAGUACGAACUCUUGAAGAGCUUUAAGACUACAAAGAGUGGUUAUGAGAAUAAGCACAGAUGGACAGUCUAUGUUGCAUUAGGAGAUAAGAAGGUAGAAGCAGGGAGUGUGAUUAAGUCAGUUGAGUUUAAGCUGGAUGAUUCUUUUGGGUUCACUGAUAUUAAGAAGAAUUUUGGACCCUAUGAAUAUGCCUGUAAUGGAUAUGGAGAAUUCUCUAUUCCAAUCAAGAUUACUUGGCAGAGAUGGCUGAAAAUGGAACCUGCUACUCUUGAUCACCCAUUAAAGUUUGAAGGAAAAGGAAGUCAUAAAUCAUUCAUUGUGAGGGUUGACAAGACCUUGCUUGAGGAGAAGACAGGGGUGAAGUACUAAUUUGAU